GCUGGGGGAGCAACACCACACGGGACGGCUAAAAAAAAAGUCAAACGGGUUAACUUGGAUACACACGCGGCUGUGUUUUGAUUGAAAAAAAACGACCCAACUGCUCACCGAAUCGACUUUGUUUUUCCCGGGAAGCAUUUUCCUUGAUAUGGGAUUUGUUUUGAGAAGUACACACGCGUGCAGUUGAAGGAUUUAACUCCAGUAUGCGGCAGUUCUGAAACAAAGAGCUCUGGAGCGCCCUUGUCUCAGUGGAUUGGGGCCCUUUCUGGAUGGGAAAGAUGGAAUCGGAGGGCCAGUGGUGGAAAACCCAGCUCGCAGCGGACAUCCAUCAGGCAUUGCGAAUUAAGGAGCUGAAAUUGCCAACGUACCAAGCCCAUUCGCCACAGAUUGGGAUGCGACGGUACUUUGCCGACCUCCUCGCUGUUCUCAGUAACCGGUACCAGCUGUGCCCUACGGCGCGUCACCUGGCCGUCUACCUGCUGGACCUCUUCAUGGAUCACUAUGAUGUAGCAGUGCGGCAGCUGUACGUCAUCGCCCUCUCCUGCCUCCUGCUGGCCAGUAAGUUUGAGGAGAAGGAAGACCGUGUGCCCAAACUGGAGCAGCUGAACACGCUAGGCUUCAUGUGCAGUCUGAACCUCACUCUCAACAAGCGGGACCUCAUCAAGAUGGAGCUGCUGCUGCUGGAGACCUUCGGCUGGAACCUGUGCAUGCCCACACCUGCCCACUUCAUCGACUACUACCUCCACGCUGCUGUCCAGGAGGGAGACCUGCACAACGGCUGGCCCCUCUCCUCGCUGUCCAAGACCAAAGCCUUCAUGGACAAGUACACACACUACUUUCUCGAGGUCUCCUUGCAAGAUCAUGCCUUCCUGAGCUUCAGGCCCUCUCAGGUGGCAGCUGCUUGCAUUGCUGCGUCCAGAAUCUGCUUGCAGAUCUCCCCCAGCUGGACCACUGUCCUCCACCUGCUCACGGGCUACUCCUGGGAUCAUUUGACGCAGUGCAUCCAGCUCAUGUUACUUGCUCACGACAAUGACGUAAAAGAGGCCAACAAAUCCAAAUCUUCCCCUUCAGGUGGUCAGAGCCUCCAUUCGCAAGCUCACGUCCCCCCAAGCCCUGCCGCCCCCUCUCUGCACAGGCAGCCCACCUCCAGCUCCCAGCAGCUGCUCCUCCAGGCCAGCAGCUACCCGCAGCUCUCCCAGCACUCGCCGGCAUUAUCCCAGCUGCAUAUGCUGGCCGACUGCCAGGCCCUGGGACCGGUGGGCUCUCGGGAAUAUCUACAGCCCCAUCAAGCCAGCCUGCUUUCAGCCUCAAUGCCGGCUAGCUCGUUUGCAUCUUUUCCCAGUUUGGCAUCGGGGUUGCGAGGUUUGCCCCUCCAGGGUCCUAUCUCCAUGCAAGUGAGCAUGGCACCCGAGCGCCACUGCCUCGGUUUGACUUAUGGGAGUGGUUACUUAAGUUCCCACCACAGCUUCACAGCCGGUUGCUUCGACAGGUGACGCCAGGAGCGGGAGGACAAACUCAACCUGGGGCUGCCGCCGUCCUCCACCCUUUCCGCCUCGGCUGUCUCAGAGGGGCUUCGUCCAGGACGUCGACGAAGACUUUCUAAACAGAAGACCAACAGUCGAGUGGAUCCCGCUGAAGUGAUAGUAUUAACUUAACUGACAUUUGAACUUGUUUUUGAUGCUUCCUUUUGGGGUUUUUAAUGAACUGAGGAUGUCUAUUUUUAAGACUAUUUAGAAAAUUGAGGACCUUCUUCCAGUGCUGUGCCACAAAUUGGACGUUGAUUCCGUUACUGCUUUUCCACCAGAGCUGGAGUCCACGCUCCAGCAGAGGCUGCCCUUAUCCUGGUUCCCAAUUGAAACCUUGCUGCUCUUGAAUAAGGGAACAUGUGAGGUCAGUCGGGAGAGUGGGUGUUGCUCCCGAUUAGUGACCACACAAUGCGAUUUUAAAGGAACCAUAAAUAAGCUAGUGUUCCUUUAACUUGUAUUAGAAGUCAAACCAUUUUUUUCAAUCUAUUUUGCUGAUCUCUGGGUCUGGUGGGAGCACUUUUAGCUUAAUUUAGCAUAAAUCAUCGAGUCAGAUAAAACUAUUAGCAUCUUGCUUCAUUUCCAAAAAAAGUUU